CUCACGCCCAGCCAGUCUUUGGCUGACAUCAAUGAGCUAUCGUUUCUUGAGAAGGAUGGCGUCUCUCUGUCUUCAGGGUUCAAACUGCACAGGUCACCAUCAGCACCUCCGAUUGUCAAAGCCUGUACACCUGCCUGAGAACACCCCCACACACGGCGUCCACCUGCCCAACUACCAGAUGCCCACAGUGGAUGUGCCUGACCAUGCCCACUACAUCAUUGGCUGUGUGAUCCUGCUGGUGGGGAUGACAGGUAUGCUGGGAAACGCUUUGGUCAUCUAUGUAUUUUGUCGCAGUAAGGCACUGAGGUCACCUAGUAACCUCCUAGUGGUGAAUUUGGCAGUAGCUGACUUCCUGAUGUCUGUGACCCAGUCUCCGGCCUUCUUCGUGGCGAGCCUUCACCGCCGUUGGGUGUUUGGAGAAUUUGCCUGUGAACUUUAUGCUUUCUGUGGCGCUCUGUUUGGCAUCAGCUCCAUGAUGACACUCACAGCCAUUGCUGUGGACCGCUGUCUGGUGAUCACUCGACCGGUGGCACUGCUAGGCGGAAUGAGUCGAAAGAGGGUGUAUGUGGCAAUAGUGGGGGUCUGGCUGUAUUCUCUUGGCUGGAGUUUGCCACCAUUCUUCGGAUGGAGUGCCUACGUCCCUGAAGGGCUGCAGACCUCCUGCAGUUGGGACUAUAUGACUUUCACAACCUCUGUGCGCACCUACACCAUCCUGCUGUUCGUGUUUGUCUUUUUCUUUCCGCUCACUCUGAUUGCUGCCUGCUACUGGGCCAUUUUCAGAGCAGUACGGCAGGCGGGCCAAGAGGUGGAAAGGCUGAACUGUGGGGAGAUCAACAAGGCAUACGAGCGCCUGCGCAGCGAGUGGAAGAUGGCCAAAGUCGCCCUGGGAGUGAUAAUGCUGUUUGUCGUGUCCUGGUCGCCAUACUCUGUGGUCGCUCUGACUGCCACCGCUGGCUACGCUCAGCUGUUGACUCCGUACAUGAACUCGGUGCCUGCUGUCAUUGCCAAGGCGUCUGCCAUUCACAACCCCAUAAUCUAUGCCCUCACACACCCAAAGUACCGCAUCGCCAUUGGACGCCACUUCCCGCUGCUGCGUGGUGUACUCCGCCUACAGGAAAAGGAUCUGCACCCAUCGUUCAGCUCCAGUGCUGCUUCUUCUCGCCGUACGACGCUGACAAGCUCUCCGGGGCUUCGGCUGUGCGCUGGUGUUCGGACCAACGGUCGCUGGGGGAAGAGUCGGCUAUCGUCUGGCUCUGAUAGUGAGUCCUGUUGGACGGAGAGCGAAGCUGACGGGUCUAGCAGUGGGUCAGCAGCAUUCAAUAGGCAAUUAUUCACAGAGCCAGCUACCACCUCUGACUCCGCCCCCUCAGAGAAAGGACAGAACAGAGUCCCUGAUGGAGGUCCACCAGACAAGAGCUCCAACAGAGAGUAA